GGAAAAUACACCUGCACUCGACACUUCCGCCCUUCGCCUCGCCGCCGUUCGCCGUUCACGACCGCUGUCAGCGCUGAGCCCAUCGUCGACGUCCUCGACGACACCGCCCCGUGUCUGGUAUCGCUGAACGAGCCCUGGAUGCCGCCAUCUAGACGCUAUCUACCCAGAAGCCAACAGUCUUCCUAAUCGUCUACAUCCAGUCCCCGCUCGCCGCACUAGUGGUUCUAGCCACCUCCUCCACUCUUCCCUACGGUCCUAUAAUACCCUCCCUACAUGCCAUCCCCGACAGAAAGCCCAUGGCCGCAGCAGACCCCGGCUCCCGAUGCCGGCCCCUCGACUAUCGCGUCCCAAAGGAAGCGGCGACGAACAAGCGACCGUUCCCUCUGGCAGAACAGGGAUGCAAAACUGCCCCGGCAGGACAUCGCGGACCAGGCCGCCAUUGAGGAUGCGAUGUACGAGUGCGAAAUCAUGACGGACAACUCGCGCCUCUCGUGCUUUCCGACCGCGGACACGGUCAUCCCUCAGCACCAGUAUGCGUCCUUCGUCUGGAAUUCGCGUCUGCCGCAGUACGCACAACGCGACCUGGUCGACAUAUACCUCUUUCAAGGCGACACACUUCAGCAAAUACUCUACUUUCCGAACGAGACCAACCCCAAGUAUGGCACGCCAGGAGUCAUCCGCGCGCAGGUCAACGAUAGUUGGUGGGGCGAUCGAGGCGAGAAUUGGGAUGGGAGCAACGUGACCUACCCGUUCUACUGGGUAGUUACCCCCGCGGGCAACGGCCUCGAUGGUACGGAGACAACACAGACCAUCUUCAGCGCCGUCCAGACUACGUACGCGGACUCUGUGGCGUCAUCAAUGUCUUCCUCCUCGGCAUCCGCCUCAUCUGCGUCGGCCGCUUCCGCGUCGUCGGCGUCGCUUACUUCGUCUGCGAAUGGUGCCUCUUCUACUGGCGGCGGGAACAACUCCGACGGCUCUGAUGGCGGCCUGCAAUCUGGUGACAAGGAUGGUGGUUUCCCACACUGGGCAAUCGCCGUUAUUGUUGUCUUGGGCUUCCUGGCCGUGGCCGCCAGUUGCGUCCUUGCCUUCCUCAUCAUCCGGCGAAUGCGCAGGCAACGGGAACUCGAGUCUCAACGCAAUUCCAUGGGGUCAUCAUCCCCUAUGAUGCAACACGUUGAUAACGGAGGACCCGCAUCGCCGCUGCUUGUCGGGGGUGCGGCCGGCGUCGAACGCCAGCAGAGUUCCGCCGGUCACGGAGGUCAGAAUGCGCCGAGCAUUGUCUCCCCAGAUGGCGCGUCGACAAUCUCGCACGCGAACAGCGCAGGCGAAAACGCACCAUUCUCAGGCGCGGACGCGGCGAUCAUGGCUGACGCGUUCCGCAAGGCGCUCAGGAAACCUGACUUCGCCGCGCAGCCCGUAGAAGAGGGCGAGAGUCCGGAGAACAAGGAGCCGCCAGAGGAGGAGCUGAUCAACCGACAGUUAGCAGAGGAAGGGCGCGACAUACGGAGCGUAAGCUCGUCGCGCGGGGUGCGUGUGGAGACGCUGAGCGAUGCGGACACUGCGACGGACCAUCAACAUUGAUCCCCGUAGCGCGCGCUGAGCGUGCUGUCCCAUAACCACCACCCUCACGACCUCUACGACCUUUCGUUUCGUCACUCUCUUUUGGGCUUGUGGUUGUCUGUCGUUGCGCUGUCUGUGUUAUUACUGUCACCUGCAUCGUUGCACCUCUUCUAACAUUAUUCGCUUCACCCGUUCCCGUCGUCGCCGUUAUGCUCUUCCCCCACCCCUCGACCUAACACGCCUUGGCCGGAUGUCGGUCGGUGCUGCUCCACCUGCGGGAACUGCACGCGAUGUCCGCGAGCUCAGGUCGCCACCGUAUCCGCUUCGCUGCCGCCCCCACUACCACCCCUACCAUGCACCCUGCCGCUGGUCCACCUCCCUCACCAUCUUCUGACGUCGUCGUCGCUGCGUUGGCUUACCCGAUUGUGUUUGUGCCCUGGACGCUAUAGCUACAUUAUUACACUCUUCCCUUCUCUGCAAACCCCCACCUCGCGGGCGUCUCUUUUGCUGCUCGUGCAGCGCAUCCCCGUUGCUGCUGCCGCAGAAGUCACUCGUUUAUACCACCUUGCCCUUCGCUUCCGUGAUUCGAGUAUGCAUACCGUGCUGCGAGUGCGCAGUGCCGAUUCCUAUUGUUCAGACAGACAGACAUUAGUAGCUGGUGGGUGUGGCUCGUCUGACCGUGUUGGUUACUCUAGCUCUGGCCGGUUGUUUUACCCUUAUUGUCGAGCUUUCUCAUCUUUUAUCUUCACUUGUGUAUAAGCUACGUAGUUCAUGAAUUCGAUACCGUCGGCGUACUCGAUGCGAUAAAGGUUGUCGACAUGAUUCUCGUG